CACUCUCCAUCUUGUGACCGCAGCUUCUUACAUACCUCCGAUACGCCAAGCAUGUCAAUAAUAAGUUUCGAAUAGACUCUAUAUUCUUUAUAUUUUCAUUGUACAUCAUUGCGAACCGAAAAUCAACCUCCCUUCUCGGCAAAUCAAGCUAUCGCAGGCACGAUGGCGUCACACAUCUCCUCCACAAAGGCAACGCUCUCAUACCCGCUCUAUGCCGGAGACUUUGAUCCCGAGAACGACAAUUGUCUGGUUGUCGGCGGCGGUGGAGGCGAAGGCCGCAGUGGUGUUGGAAAUAAAAUUACUGUCCUGGAUACCUCGACGGAUGACAUUUCCGAAACUGCUGAGAUAGACCUUUCGCGCGAUGAAGACUCAGUAACUUCAUUAGCUGUGUUGCAUCAAAAGCAGGGCCUUGUGGCACUUGCUGGCAUUAAUUCGUCAACCGCGGACCAGCAAGCUGGGAAAAAUGAACAUUUGCGAUCCUUUGGCAUUUCAGUCCCGUCCGGCGCCGACGCAUCUGACGAGCCGAUAAAAGAGAAGGCAAUAGAGAAGCGGAGCAUAUCUCAGCUUUCUCAGGCUUCACUCUUUACUCCUUCGACAGCACCGAAAAAGGAAACCUAUCAGCGGGUGAUUCGCCUCUCCCCUUCUCCCCGGGGAAGACCUGGUUAUCGCCGGUUUGGGACGGUGGCGACUGGGCUUGCACCCGAAGGCGAACUUGUUGUCUUCGAUGCAAAUACGACCUUGAGCAAAGAGCCCUCUAUUGUAGGCCGUGUAAACCUAAAGAAAGAGGAGGCCGCGGAUGUAGACCUAAUUGAACCCCGCGAAGGAGUCUUCAAGGUCGCAUACUGCACUGACUACGAGGUUUAUGAAUACAAUGUUACACAUGAUAGCGGAGAAAUUGAUACUUCUGCUAAACCCAAAUUUCUCUAUGGGAUCCCUCACCCGGACGUUUUUCAAAAUAAUGCAGGACGCCCGACGUUUCGAGCGUUGCGCUUUCUAACCCCACACUUUAUUCUUUUAUUGGCAAAUAGGCCACGAAAAUCUGGAUCUGAGCUAUUUGUUCUUGACACUAGAGGUGGAACUGGCGAGGUCAUUCUCCGUAAACGCCUUCACCGGUCAAUGAAGGCAGCCACAGGACUGGAAGUCGCCUUCCUUAACGCAGAUGCAGCAGGAAAUCUGCAAAUAGUGGUCGCUGUUGCGGGGCAAGACAUUUCAGUAGAAAUCCUUACCAUCGACUACAGCCCAACCAAGGACUUGAGCAAAUUUCGCGUCUUCAUCGUCCUGAGAGACGUCCACUCUCUCCAGAUUACCGGCAUCAAAUUCUCCAGAUUCUCGCAUUCACACAAGCCACAUGGCGACUCUACGGCCCCGGCCGCGCGUCUCAGGCUAGCAUCUAUCAGCAUGGGCAAUACUGUCGUCGUACACACUCUUCCUCUCACUGUAGAAACAAGCAGCCGCAACAAGAAAUCGCGCUACGUCCUCACGACCGCGAGUACCGAUAUCCUCACCGCCACCUUCUCAGUUACCUUUUCGCUCAUUGCCGUCGUCGUCAUCGCCAUUCUACUCCAAGCUUUACUCGAAGUCCGAGGUGUUGCACCGCCCUAUUUUGGUGUGGCAGAUCGUCUGCCACCUGCCAUCCGAGACCAUCUCGUGCCUCAUGCAAACCCAGUUAUUCCCGAUGCAAAGGAAUUUCCCAAACCCCUGAGCGAUCAAAUAAAUUCCAUUAUAACUUCAGCGGGCGGCGACAGUGCCACAAUUCACGUUGAUAAUAACGCCGCGGCCGCGCCUACUGCUUCGGCAGUCAAUUAUAAGCGCCUUCGACAUCUCCUUGCCAGCCGCAACCGACUUCGUAGCCGUGUGCUCAGCUACGAAUCGGACGAGAGCGAAUCGAUUGACGAGACCAUCGAGCAGAUUGCAGAGGAGGUCGACGUCCGAUCACCUGGUACCAUUAUCGUUGUUGACUCCCAUAACGAAAUCUCUGCGGAGCUGCGCCACGACGAUGAGCUUAUCCGUCAGGAGGGCCUUAAGCGGUGGGAAGAACUCGAGCAUCAUCAGCGCGAGGGAUGGAAACGGAGACUUGUUGAUGCAGGCGAGUGGGCUGUCGAAGAAGGCGAGACAGCGCUCAAGGGCAUCUUCUUUCGUGAACUGGCUGGCUUAGUUGGUCAUGCCGUAAGAGGCGACUAGAUUCCAGUCUUUUCGGACUGGGUUCCAUUCUAUAGUAGAAAGAUUUGAUGAUUAAUACGGCGUUGACGGGAAAUAUGGCGUUGUGUACAGUCAUGACGCGUUUGGCAUAUAAAAUGGAUAUGUAGUCAGAUAAUGCAAUGCUUUUCCCUUUUUGAAUAACAGAAUUUUUGUAUCGAAUACGGCGCAUCACUGCAUCAUAACAAGAUACGUCUACAGUUUUCUGCCGGGUGUCUUGGCCUUUCGAUGAUCUUGUAACUGUGUGGAUUUUUCCUCUACUCAAUCGGCAGUGAUUUGCAUGAUAUUGGACUCAUUGGAGGAAUGUGUGAAUCUAUUAACAUGGUCAACGUAAUAAUUCAUUGCCAUUACAUCAAUGACAUGAAUGGGCCAAAUAGUCUUCGAGAUCCGUGGUUGAAUUGCAAAUAGACCAUAGCUGGCUC